AUGCAGAGUCUGUGGGCCUUAAAACUUUCUUGGGAUGAACCGAUACCAGAAGAACUUGAAUCACAGUGGAAUAAUUAUACCAAGCAAUUGAGUCAGCUAGAAACCAUAUCCACUCCUCGGUACAUACUAAACGUAAACACUCAGUUCAAUUGUUCCAUUGCUGAAAUACAUGCAUUUUGUGACGCAUCCAAAAUUGGUUAUGGCGCAUGUCUAUAUAUCCGACACCGAACGCAUGAUGGGAAGAUCGAAGUCCAAUUAUUAUGUUCAAAGGCACGGGUUUCUCCAUUGAAAACCAUAUCUAUUCCAAGAUUAGAGCUAUGUGGUAUGUUAGUGCUCGCACGCCUUGCCAAUCGGAUCCGAACAAAUUUGGCGAUCCCAUCGGAACAUUGUCAUUUUUGGAGUGACUCAACAGUAGCAUUGAGUUGGAUCGCAAUACCACCUACUCAACAGGAAACAUAUAUAGCAAACCGCAUCACAGAAAUUCAACAGUUAACCCAUCAAGCUAACUGGUAUCACAUUAAUACGAGACAAAAUCCAGCAGAUUUGAUUUCACGUGGUGCCUUUUCUAGUCAAUUGAUUGAAUCAAAUCUAUGGUGGCAUGGACCAGAAUGGCUUUCACGUGAACCAGGUCAAUGGCCGACAAAACUAGAUAUGAAUCAAGCACAUACUGUAUUAGUUACGCAACAAAAUCCAGUAGAACAGUCAUGGCUACACAAGUAUUCCUCCUUUGAGAAGUUAAUAAGAAUUGCAGCAUUCUGUCUACGCUUCAAAACCAAACUCUCUAAAUCGAAAUUUAUUACGAUAGCGGAAUACCGAUAUGCGUCGAAGGCUAUUCUUAAAGUCGUACAAAGAGAACAAUAUGGCAAUGAAAUUAAAGACAUAAAAAAUGGUCACCAAGUGAAGAAAACAAGUACACUAAGGCAUCUCGAUCCCUUCCUCGAUAGCGAUGGUCUUCUUCGAGUGAAAAGGCGACUAGAAAAUUCACUUUUAUCAUAUAAUCAAAGACAUCCAAUCAUUUUACCAAAACACCAUGUAAGCAAACUCAUAUUUGAAUAUCAUCACAAAGUGUUGCUUCACAGUGGUGCUCAAACUACACUAACAGUUAUACGGUUAACUUACUGGCCAAUCAAAGGAUUAACGAUCGCAAAACAAACAUACCGAAAGUGCAUAAAGUGUGCAAAAGUUACUCCACGGCCAUAUACACCAUACAUGGGAAACUUGCCAGCACAACGUAUAACACCGUCGCGUCCAUUCACAAUUGUUGGGAUAGAUUUCGCCGGACCAUACUUUGCAAAGGAACAAUUGAGACGCAAAAUCCAACCUUGUAAAGUGUACCUAGCGUUAUUUGUCUGUUUUGCCAAAAAGGCAGUACAUCUAGAAAUGGUCACUGAUUUAACGACAGCAGCUUUCCUAGCUGCGUUCAACCGAUUUUCUAGUCGCAGAGGGUGCCCCACAGAAAUCCAUAGUGACAACGGUAGAAAUUUUGUCGGUGCGCAUAACGAAAUGACCAAAUUCACACAGUCAUCAACAUUUCAAAAUGAAAUCAAUCAAAUUGUAACGUGGAAAUUUAUACCUCCAGUCAGCCCACAUUUUGGAGGGAUCUGGGAAGCUUCGAUAAAAUCAGCUAAGACACUAAUCAAACGCGUCAUUGGAGUCACUGUAUUAACGUUUGAAGAACUGCAAUCAUUGUUCGCACGGGUUGAAGCAUGUCUAAACUCUAGACCCCUAACGUCAAUCUCUUCUGAUGAAAAUACACCAUUAAUCUUAACACCGGGUCAUUUUCUCAUCGGUGCUCCUAUCACAGUUCCACCAGAAACGAAUUACGGACCAAAUACAAUGAUACACCAUCUAAAAAAUCGAUGGGAACAUUUGCAAUUGAUGAUGCAUCAUUUCUGGAAAAUAUGGUCGCAGCAAUACUUACAUUCACUCCAAACUAGGCAAAAAUGGAAUAGCCACUCCUCCAAUCCAAAGCCGGGAGACAUUGUACUAAUGAUGGACAACAAUACUCCACCACUAAGCUGGAAAAUGGGUAUUAUAAAAACCUUGCACCCAGGCAACGAUGGAGUGGUUCACGUAGCCACAAUUCAAACCACAAAUUCACUGCUCAAACGUUCCCUUACAAAAUUAUGCCCACUCCCAAUGUCUUCUGCUCCUGAAGUCCUCACUCCUUCAGGCCCGGGACCAUGUUCAGUAAAUACUGAAAGUAUGUAA